AUGACGUUCAAUAUGGAGAUCAAGCUAGCCGACAUCGGUUUCGCCGGUUCAUUUGGAGAUCCUUGGACAACUUAUCCUUGUCCUGAACUACCGUUAGAUCACGUCGAUAUUCAAAGGCAGCUGAUAUGUGGGUCUGUUGGUUGUAUAUUUGGAGAGAUGAUAACUGGGAAACCUGUAUUCCAGGGAAAAACUCAAAUGGACCAAUUGAAGUCAAUUUUUCGCCUGUUAGGUACCCGAACUGAGGAAUCCUGGCCUAGAGUGACUGAUGAGUAUGCAAAAAUGCUUUGCCUGGAUCCGCGCAAAAGAAUUUCAGCUGCUAAUGCUCUUCAACAUGAUUACUUCAAAGAUUUCAAUCAGAGAGGAAG